AAAUUACAACGCGUUUUGUCGGGCAGUGCACAGGCGUGCGCUUGUCCUUUCUGAAGCGGCGCGCCGGUAGAAGGAUCGGACUAUUAGAUAACGAUUUCUUUUGUCUUAGAUGGUGCUGUAAGCAUUUCUUUGUUACGCAUGCAUCAAAAACGCGUUCUCUGAUGCGCGUUUGUCGGGCCUAAAAUAGGCUAUUCAUGCGCUUGUGUGAAUCGUUGUUAUGGUAACGAUAACUCGACUUCGCCUCGUGCAGCAAACUUCACGCUCGUCAUGAAUAACAUCCAUUACACAGUUGCCGUUUGCUCACUUAUUUGACAUCGGUUGCGUGUUACGGACGUGAUUAUUGUUUCUCUUGUUUUGAGCACGAUGAAUAGACGUAAAAGUUCUCGAAAGUCACAGCAAGAAAACAUGUUUCGAAAAGAUUUUACACGCAAGCGAAAAAUGCCACCCAAUAAGUGGCAAGCCGAGAGUGAAACCGCAACGACAAAAAGUUCAGCGAAGAAACUGCAGAGACUCAGCGACGUACUUGUGCCUGAAGACGACAAUUUAAAUUAUAGAAUUUUGGACUUCAAUUCGGUGUUUGCUGAAAUUUCGCAGCAUGUAAAGUGCAAACAAUGUGGUGGUAACGUUAAAUUUCAAACGGAAAGUACGCGAGGGCUGGGCUUCAAGAUCUUGGUGUGGUGUGAAGAUUGUCAGCCAACUAGAAUUCUUUCAUGCCCAAAAAUUGGUUCGGCAUACGGAAUUAAUCGUCGAUUUGCUUUUACGAUGCGGUGUUUAGGCCAUGGAUCAACCGGUGAACGCAAAUUUUGCGGUUUAAUGGACUUGCCUCCUCCCGUUGCUCAGAAUACGCACGACAAAAUCCAAAAAAAUAUUUGCACAGCAUCUAAGGCGAUCGCUGAGGUAUCUAUGCGAAACGCAGUUGAAGAAGAGCAAUUACGAAUGAGCUUGGAAGAAGAAAAAGAAAAUGUUACGGAAUUAGCUGUUUCGGGGGAUGGAACGUGGCAGAAGCGCGGGUUUUCUUCUUUAUUCGGCGUUUGCAGUCUUAUCGGCGUGCAUUCGAAAAAAAUCAUCGACGUCAAUGUGAAAUCGUCCUACUGCAAACAAUGCGAAGUGUGGGCAAAGAAGAAAGGCACCGAGGAAUACGACGAGUGGAAGAAAGAACACGGAGACAACUGCCACCUCAAUCAUCAAGGUUCAGCGGGAAAAAUGGAAGUAGACGCCGUCGUAGAAAUGUUCAAAAAAUCGGAGGAACAGUACAACGUGAGAUAUAUCAACUAUAUUGGUGACGGCGAUUCGAAAACAUAUAAAGGUAUUGUUGAAUCCAAGCCAUACGGGGAAAACGUGCAAAUAAGAAAAAAAGAAUGCAUUGGUCAUGUUCAGAAGCGAAUGGGCACGCGACUUCGGCAAACCAAAAAAAAUCACAAAGGCAUUGGAGGUAAAAAUAAGCUAACAGCAAAGAUGAUCGACAAACUCGCUCUCUACUAUGGUCUUGCGAUUCGAAGAAAUUUUGAUUCAGUAAAAAAAAUGCGAGAUGCGAUAUGGGCUACCUUUUAUCAUUAUAGCUCGUCUACGAAAAAUCCGCAACAUCAACUUUGUCCCGAAGGCUCCGAUUCGUGGUGCGAGUGGCAAAAAUCAAAGGCUAACAAUACUUUGCACGAAUACAAGCAAAGUUAUAAAACUUUACCCGAUGACGUUUUAAAUGCAAUCCGUUCUAUAUAUGAAGAUUUGUCCAACAAUAAUUUGUUAGAGCACCAAAGAUAAUAAACAGCAGCGCUGAAGUCGUUCAAAUAGCGACCUAUAUUGCUGUUUGUUUAUUCAACGAAGGUACAACAUCAUUAUUACAAAUAAUGAAGACAAUGGGAAUGAGGAUUGGACGGAACGUGGUUCAAUUCGCAGUACAGAGCGACUCCCAGCGAUGUAACCAAGCGAACGUCCGGGCACAGCACGCGACGCGGGAAGCCCGUAUAAGUCGCCGCCUCGCUAAAAAUGAUCAAAUGGAGGCAAAUCUUGAGCAGGAAGGUUCCUUGUAUGGCCCAGGAAUUGACGAUGACGUAUAAACGGGCAAGGAGAAAUCGUUGUAACCGCGGAAUCAUGUAUGACGUGCACGGCUGACUACACGACAGUGAAGUGGGAGGAUUUUCCAACAAAAUUACUCUAAUAAAAUUUUUAUGAGAAUUACAAAA